GAGGUAGAGGUGUUGCCAGUACAGUGGAGACUGCCCACGUGGCUGCACUCGCAUUCCUCGCCGCCACGACAUCCUGGGAAACUGUGUGGGCGACCACGGAGGAGUGUGUAGGAUCUGCGCAUCUCUGGCACUGAGGAUCCGAGGGCAGCCAGAUCAACUAAAUCACACCGGGAACCGGCCUAACUUGAACGCCAAACUCGUUCCCUUCCAGGCGCCAAUUUAGCUGGGGAUGCAUCACAUUAUUCCCGGCCUGUCGCCUGCUGAUCUACGACUUUUGCUCCUUUGUUGGCCUAUGACUCAUCUCUUGAUGCACACAACAAGAUACUAUACGAUUAUGCACCCGCUUUGGCCAACUCCGCUCCUGUGUCUGGGCGAGGCAGCUCCUCCUGGCGGAGUUCGUCUAUUUGUUUUCCAAACAAGCCUCUUUCGCAGACAGGCAGGCGGGCAGAUGCAGCCCAGCCCAGCAUCUUUCCCCCUUCGCAGCAGUUCAAAUGAACCGCAGCAGCCCGCAGCUCCUCCUCCUCCAGCUCCUGCUCUUGCUCUUCCUCGCCAGACUUUCUCGGACUCGAACUCGGAUGUCUGGGCCAGUCCAUGGCUGCAUUUUUGUUUUGGUCUGUGCGGAGUAAACAAUGCACCAACAGCAGGCGAGAUGGAGGAGCACACGAAGGAGGAGGCGAGACCGGAGGCCAGGAGUUGGAUCCCCACCGCAGACCAAGCCAGAUGAGUCACGGCGAACUGUGGAACCGAAAGCUAAAGGCAUUGGUUUAGGUUUUGAGGCAUUUAUUACGAAAACUAUUUGUUUAUGUUCAUCAAAAACACUCGUAAAAUUGUUUUAUAUUCAGUGUAA